GAUGGAGCGCACCGGGCGAUCGGUCACCUCGGCGCUAAUAAGACCACGGAGUAUUUGCGUCGCUACUAUUGGUGGCCAAAGAUCGCCGCGGAUGUCGACCUGUUUUGUAAGUCAUGCCAUCUCUGUCAGACGGCAAAAGACGUGAACCGGAAGCCGGAAGGACUGUUACACAGCCUACCGAUACCGAGCCGGCCUUGGGGCUCGGUAGCAAUGGACUUUCUGGGCCCAUUCCCGAAGUCCCGUGGACACGAUUACCUGUGGGUAAUAAUAUGCAGACUGACAGGAAUGGUACACCUCGUACCCUGUAAUACUAAAACGACUGCGAGCGAACUCGCAUACUUGUUCCUCAAGGAGGUUGUGCAAUUGCACGGAGUUCCUGAUAGCAUCGUGUCCGAUCGAGAUUCGAAGUUUAAUUCUAAAUUUUGGCGGGAACUUCACCGUCUGAUGGGCACACGCCUGCUGAUGUCCACAGCCUUCCAUCCCCAAACGGACGGCGUGACGGAACGCGCAAAUCGCACGGUAUCGCAGAUCUUGUGCAGCUUUGUCCGGCCCGAUCAGACCGACUGGGCCGAUAUGCUCGCGCUCACUGAGUUUGCGAUGAACGCAGCACGAUCUGAGACUACGGGAUAUAGCCCAUUUGAAUUGAACUAUGGGUAUAUCCCAAGGAUGUUAGAUGUACUACCGGCAGAACACUCAGCGCCGGGAGUACGGGAAUUCAUGGCGAAUGCAAGGGAUUGCCUGGAACGGGCGCAUGACGCCAUUAUUGGUGCCCGUGUGCGCCAGGCACACCACGCGAAUCGACAAAGGCGAGACCACGUGAAUUACACCCCUGGAGAUCUUGUAUACAUCAGCACGACGAAUCUGAGCCUCCCGCUCAAGCGCGCGCGCAAACUGGCGCCCCGGUUUAUCGGGCCAUUCAAAAUAAUUAAAGCAUUCAACGAAUCGAGUGUUUACGAGAUCGAAUUACCAACUGAUUUGAGACAGCGGAGGGUACACCCGCGGUUUCAUAUAUCGAAGCUUCGGCCCCACGUGCCGAAU